UCAAUGCCAAUGACGAGUUUUCAAUCCUUCUAAAUAUUUUUUCAAUAAUCAUAACUUCUAGUUAAAAUAUCCACUAAGAAACCGCWAAAGAUAGCUUAGAGAGCUUCUUAAAACGGAUAUGAGACAGGUUUAUCUCUUUAACGUCGUGAAUUGAUUCAAGAUUAAUACGAAAUCUUCAAGAGAAUAGCUUUCAAAACACUUGACUUGAUCGAGAUUGUUUUGUGAAAAUGAAGCUCUUCUUUCUCGUUAUUUUGGGUCUGAUUUAUUGUUCCUGGAGCAGCCCGUUGUCAAGGAAGGGCUCAUUUUCUAAGCCUAAGCCUGUUAAGACAGAGGAUUUUCCCAUGGAUGACAUCUUAAAGGAGUAUUGGACAAUAAGAAAGCCAAGACACGCAGAACCUGGCAAUGAAGAAGAAACUGGCGCUAAACCAACCCCUGUCAAGCCUGUUGAUAAACCAGCCCCUACCAAGACUGUUAAUAAACCAGCCCCUACCAAAACUGAUGAUAAACCAGCCCCUGACAAGACUGAUGAUAAACCAGACCCUAAGAAGACUGAUGAUAAACCAGACCCUAAGAAGACUGAUGAUAAACCAGCCCCCAAGUGGGAAUAUAAAUCCCCUACUUUCAAUCUCGAGUACACAGGAUACAAAAUAGACUAUAAAAUAACUACAGCCAACCCCUACUACAGAGAUAAAAGCUACGACUGGAAUGAAUUUAAGGAAUCAGAUGUUGAUGAGCAAUCUGCUAGUAAAAAGACCAAAAAUUACAUGGAUACACGAAAAAAAUCAAAAGAUGAUUACUACUGGGGGUUCCCAUCAGAGAGGUACCCGCUCAAGACCAGAACCCCUUGGAGACCUUGGACAACGCACAGGUACCAAGUCAUCACUGAUCYAUGGAGAAGCCAUGGAUAUCAUGAUGAUAAUAGAGGUUUAUACAAAUCAAGGAGCCAUAGAACAAGGAAUUAUAAAGAUGAUGAACAAGACUCCAAUGUAUUUCCCGUCAUCAUUUUGUCUUGUCUUUUGGUCUUCUCUGCCUUUGUUAUUCUGUUCCUCACCAGAAAAAAGCUUUGUGAGAUAGUUACUGGGAGAAGAAGCAGUGAUACAAUGAACCCUCGUACACUGGCGAUGAAUGUGGAUGAGGCCAGACCGUUAAUGACAAAAUAUGUUGCUUGAUGUAAAGAAACGGACUUGUGCAUUACCCCAUCGCCAAACGACAUCGCCUACUUAACUUGGCUUAAUGUGAUUGGUUCUCGGUUAAACUACUACAUUUAUUGGUGCGUUUGAGUAAGGGGAGUGAGCGUUGCGUGACAACACUGAUAACGGCUUCGUAGGAGACUAGUAUAUUAAAUGCGCAAUGUUUUAUCGUGUGUACGCCUUAACAUAUGUUUAGACGUUUUACUGAUUGUGUACGUGCAACUUUCUUUCGUGUGUAUGCUAUAGCAUCGUUUAAAAUAUUGUUUCCGGCGUUAAAGCAAUUUUGUCUUGUAUGUUGUAUCUUUCAUGCAAUACAGUGUGCGUAUUUUUGUAUUCUGUAUUAAUAUAGAUAAGAAUUUUUUGAAUCCUUUUAUUUUUUUAUAACGUAAAUAUAACAAAAAUUUUCAUAAGGAAUUUUAUAAAUGGCAUAAAAUCAGAUCGCAUGGCGACAAAAACGUUUAGCUUCAAAAGCUGUAAUAUUCAAAGAUAGUAUUUCAAAACAUCUUUAAGAUGUAAUGUACAUAGAGCCAAAUGGGAAUUAAGUUAUAAUUAUAAACAAAGCGAAUAAAAUACUUUGAUAGAAAA